AUCCAUCAGUCUGAGUUUCACUGACAAGUCUCCCCAAAUGUAGCUCAAGGACCGUAACGCCGACAACGUCUCAAGGGGUAUGUGAGAGCAAACAACAACAUCAAGGUUAGCGACAACAUGUUCGACUCCCUCUUCAAUAAGGCAUUGAGGGUGGGCGUAGAGAAGGGUGUCUUCGAGCAGCCAAAGGGCCCCUCCGGUGGCACCAAGCUGGCCAAGAAGACUGCUAAGCCCGCUGCUCCUAAGAAGGCGGCGGCGCCUAAGAAGGAAACGGCUGCCAAGGGUGAGGCUAAGGAGAAGAAGCCUGCUGCCAAGAAGGCUGCUCCCAAGAAGGAGGCUGCCCCCAAGGAGCCAAAGGAGCCCAAGGAGAAGAAGCCCGCUGCCCCUAAGAAGGCUGCUGCCCCUAAGAAGGCGGCACCCAAGAAGGCCGCCGCUCCGAAGAAGGCAGAUGCUGUGGUCGACAAACCCACCGUUCUGUCCCAGACCAAGUCGGGUCGUGUCACGAAGACCGCAGCCAAGCCAGCAGCUCCCAAGAAGGCUGCACCCAAGAAGGCCGCAGCUCCCAAGAAGGAGAAGACACCCAAGAAGACCGAGAAGGCUGAGAAGGCCGAAGCGGCCUCGGCAUAAAGCGCUGCCGCCAUCUCCUUAUCAUGACGUCCUUUUUCAUUUUCUCGUGAUGCGACGGUUUGGGCUUGUUCGGCGUUCGGGUUUUUUCGGGGAACAUCCUGGUGCCUGAGUUAGGCGAUGCCGCGCUCAACAGCAUUUGCCCACUUCAGCUGUUGGGGUACUUCCUGCUUCUGGAUCUUCGGCUUCCUUUUUGAUGAUUCCCAGCAGGAUG